AUGGCCCCCCCGCUUGGGGCGCACCUCCUCAGCUUCCUCACCACAGGGGAAGGGGUGGAAGCAGAGGUUUGGCGAGCGGGUGCGCCUGGCACGUCCCUGGAAAGAGGUAGGACCUCCACCAACUCCCGCCUGCAACCACCUGACGAUCAUCAUCGGUCUGCUGCUGUUGUUGACCCGCGAGCUCUCCUACGACGACAGGGCCGGUACCGGAGUCACUUGACAAAGGUGGACAUGUCCGUCGAGCGAUUGCAGCUGGUCGACAACAAGGUGUUCUGUAGCAGCAACAAAGCCUCAAUCGACUGCUACGAUUGGUCCACAUCCGAGUUGAAGCUUAAGUACACGGCCGGUGACGCGAAGUCGAAUCGCUCGUUCCUGGGCUUCCACUACAACCCGCACACCGACCUCCUCGUCACCGGAGACCACUCCUCGCCGGCCCUCCUCGCCUUGGACGGGACCACCGGCGAGAUCAAGGCCGAGCAGACGGCGCACCGGCACGCGCACAUGUGGACCGCGCAGUCCGAUGACGAGAAGGCCGUGCUGGGCAUAUACGACACCAUACAGAUCUGGGACCUGCAGGCGAACAAGUUGUUGCUCUCGACCGAAGGCGCACACAAACACAAUGACCAGAUACGCAGCCUAUUGUUCCUGGGGAACACCCUGCUGACCGGAGGAGCGCUGGGCGACAACACGGUCAAGGUGUGGGACCUGCGCCGCCCGGUGAAGCCCGUGGAAGAGGCCGAGAUCGACAACGGCGUCUGGUGCAUGGACUUCGACGGCGAGAAGCUCGCUGCGGGCACCUUCAACGACAUCCACCUGUGGGAUCUCCGGCACCUCCUGCAAUCCCUGGCCACGGUGCGCGCGCACGAGGGGCACAUCAACAUGGUACAAUUCGACACCGAGAAGCUGGUGUCCGGUAGCAACGACAAGACGAUCAAAGUGUGGGACGUCGAUACGCUGGAACUGUGGCACACCAUCGAACCCUCCCUGGGCAUGGUCCGAAUGGGGCAAUAUCAUGACAACGUCCUAGUGGCGGGAGGCACUGAGGGGCAAAGCGUGUGCGCCAUCACCUUCGACACGAGCGAACCAGCGCGGAGCAGCAGGCCGCCUGCCGCCAAGCAACCAGCACCCCCACAAAGCUUGGACCUCUUCCCGUGA